AUGUUAUUGUACCGACGUUCGUUUGUUUUACAUUCCCAGUUUUUCUCCCACCGAGUUACAUCUGUGUUAACUCAGCGAUGGAAUUCAUCAUCAACUGAAUUAUUGAGAGUUCUCCAAGAACAAUCUCAGAACUUUGAAAAGAAACCGACAUCAACAAUUGCAUUUGAAACUUUCGUUCAGACACCUGCUGAAUUCGUUGCUAAUAGUCUUGUAUAUAUUCACGAUGGUUUAGCAUUACCAUGGUGGGCAACCAUUGCCUUGUCGACAGUUGCUUUUCGUGCUGUUGUUGGUGCUGCAGUGACUAUAACUCAACAACGUUUUAUCGACCGUUUGCAAACUGUUCAACGUAGCGUGGUGAACGAAUUAGAGCCACAAAUGCGAAUGUUGAGUAUACAAGCAAUGCAAGGAAAGACAGCGACGAUCAUUGAAGAAAAGAAGCAGUUGAAACGAGAGGCACUUCAAUUGACGAAACGCGGUUAUGCGAAACAUAAUAUACAUCCAGGUAAAUUAUUGGUUCUCGCAUUAUUUGGUUCCGUUCCGUGGAUUUACUUUACAUUCGGUAUUCGAAUGAUUUGCAUGUCGCCUAACACACUACCAACAAUGUCUCAGGAGGGUAUCUUAUGGUUUCAAAAUCUGGCGGAGGCAGAUCCUUAUGGCCUUUUAUCACUUGGUUUUCUGAUACCCAGUUUGCUAAACAUCACUUUUAACUCCAUACAAAAACCGGGUUCGGCUAAUCAACGACUUGUCUCAGCUGGCCGAAUCCAGCGUGGAGCAACUCGCUUAAUCGUGAUUGGUUUCAGUCUGAUCGCUGUUAAAUUACCAGCGGGAAUCGUACUCUUCUGGACGCUGAAUAGUUCGUUACAACUCGCGCAAACCAUGCUCUUGGAAUUGCCGCGCAUACGACAAAUGUUGCAUCUUACACCAUCUCGUUUUGGACCGCAACCUAUUCGAACACGAUGGAAUUUAUGGAAAGAUAAAUGGUCUCUUUUUUUUCGAACAUUGAAAUGGUACUCAAAGUUGUAA